AUGUACACCGGCUUUCCGCAGUACCCCUUCCAUCACGAAGUUGAAGAGAUCGCACGACAGGGGGUCGCCUUGUCUGAAACCUCGAACGGUAUUAAAAGCCUGACAUGCGCGCACGCUCCAACCGAAGAAAAGGACGAUGUCACCAAGGAUACUGUCUAUGCGGAGCUCGACAGAGCUUACGGCCGCUGCCUUUUUCAUGACAUUAAAAUCCUCCUUGGGGACUUUAAUGCCAAGGUAGGGCGAGAAGACAUUUUUGGUGCCGCCGUCGGGCGAUUUAGUCAUAAGGCGUCGUGGCUUUCUCCAGAUCGACUGACCAGAAAUAAGAUCGAUCAUAUUGUGAUCGAUGCAAGGCAUGAAUCUAGCGUACUCGACGUGCGAUCCUGUCGGGGUCCCAACAUCGACUCCGACCAUUAUCUUGUUGCAGCUAAGACUCGCACACGGUUAUGUGUUAAGAAUGUUGCACGUCGAGGACUGUUGAGAAGGCUGGACAUCGGAAAGCUGCAAUCACAACAGCCAAGGGAUGCAUUCUCCACUAAAGUCUUUAGCCUAUUGAGCCGAACAACUCCAACACCUGAAGACAUCAGCGAUCAGUGGGCGCUCAUAUGCCACUCCCUUCGAACUUCCGCAGAAGAAGUCAUUGGAUUCCAGCGCCCCCCAACAAGGAAUCCAUGGUAUGACCAGGAGUGUCGUGACGCAACAGCUGCAAAAGGGGCUGUUGUUGAAGUCUACAGGAUAAGGAGAAGAGAUGAGAAACGCCUUUUCAGACGCAAGAAAAGAGAACAGGAAAAGCGAGAGUGUGAAAGCAUAGAGAGCAGCAGAUGCCGAAAUGAAGCUCGUAACUUCUAUCAGAGGGUUAAGCGUCUGACCCAAGGUUGUAAGACUGGAGGAGUCGCGUGCAAGGACAAUGACGGAAACCUAGUCACAGAUGCGGAGAUUGUGCUGAAGUUAUGGAGGGAUCACUUCUCAAGCCUAUUAACUGGUUCUGGCACUGGCUAUGAAGAUUAUGAUCCACAAGCCCCAAUCUAUGGUACUGAUAUAGAUGUAGCGACCCCAAGCCAUGCCGAAGUCAACGAUGCGAUCCAACGACUCAAAAACAAUAAAUCUGCAGGAGCUGAUGGCCUGCCGGCUGAAUUGUUUAAGGCAGCUGGUGAUAUGUUGGUAGGGAGCAUGCACCAACUAAUCAGCAAGAUAUGGCGUACAGAGACCAUGCCCGAAGAUUGGAACCUCAGCAUGAUCUGUCCUGUCCUGAAGAAGGGUGAUGCCACAUUGCGCACCAAUUACCGUGGCAUUAGUCUUCUUCCAGUCGCAUACAAGAUUUUCACCUUGUGCCAAAUCCUGGAGAAGUUCUUUGGGAACCAUAUCGACACCGAUUACAAGGCUGCAUUUGAUAGUCCCCGGCGAGAUCGCCUAUAUGCCGCCAUGUCUGAGUUUGGUAUACCAGCAAAGCUGAUACGGCUUUGCAGGAUGACAUUGAGCAACACCAUCAGCUCUGUCAAGGCUGGUGUGCAUCGGACGGGUACAAUUCUGACAAACAGGUGUGUCCAACUCCUUGGUUACGCUAAUGAUAUUGAUAUCACCGACCGAACCAAGCGUGAUGUUACAGCAGCCUUUGGAACUAUUAAAAAAGAGUCGGCUAAAGUAGGACUAGCAGUGAACAUGGACAAGACAAAGUUUAUGGUGUGCUCAAGCAGAGAAUUGCGGCGUCUGGAUUCUCAGCUGACUGCAGACAGCUAUAGCUUUGAGUCCGUCAAGGAGUUUAUGUACUUUGGCACUGUUAUAACUAGCACAAAUGAUGUCAGCCUAGAGAUCAAGCGGAGAGUUAGAUAG